GUAGAGAUUGCGUCAUCGCGUACGGAAGAGGAGCAAAACAAACGUUAACCGUCAGCAUAGCUGUGCUACUUAACUAUCUCUCCACCAUAUUAUCAAGUUAUUACGCAAGUUAUUCUCGAGAUUAGCUUGGUUAUAUCUAGCUUCGUUAGGCUAAAUGAAACGUUUUUUUGGUUUAGUUAGAAUUAGCUAGUUGUGGAGAAGGUAGCCUAGUUUAGCCUAGCCUAGCCAUGGUGCCCAUAAGUUUGUGUGUGUGAUAGCCAUGUCUGUUUCCCCGGUCACGGAUUUUAAUUUAAAAUUCUAUUAAAACUCUGAGAAAUGACCACAGAGACGUUCGUGAAGGACAUCAAACCCGGACUGAAGAAUUUAAAUGUCAUCUUCAUCGUCCUGGAGACAGGAAGGGUCACCAAAACCAAAGAUGGCCACGAGGUGCGCACCUGUAAGGUAGCCGAUAAGACGGGAAGCAUCAGCAUAUCAGUGUGGGAUGAAGUCGGAGCUCUCAUUCAGACCGGAGACAUCCUCCGACUGACCAAAGGCUAUGCGUCAGUUUUUAAAGGCUGUCUCACUCUGUACACAGGAAGAGGAGGAGAGCUGCAGAAGAUCGGAGAAUUUUGCAUGGUGUACUCCGAAGUGCCAAACUUCAGUGAGCCAAACCCGGAAUAUUUGGCCCUGAUGAACAAACCAGGACUUAACGAGCAAGGAAACAACGCAAACAACAACAAUGGUUCCUCGAGUACUGUGGGUAACGAUGCCACUAAUGGUAACGGGGUGAACUGUCAGAGCGCGGCGAACACGCAGCCGAGCAGCCGAGCCAACGCCGGGAACGCCAGUAGAAGCUCCGCCUCCGGAAGCGCAGUGAGUAACGGGAAAGAGACACGACGUUCCUCUAAAAGAUGAUCCGAGCUGCGAGCGUCUGUCUGAGCGGGAUUGAGUUCUCUUCGUCAAUCAAGAAUGAAUCGAUUCACGAGUCGAGUCUUAUGAAUAAUUCUACAGCAUGUGUCUGUGACGUGAACGUUUCCUAAACAGCGCACAAUAUUUAUCCAUGUCCGCUUUUUAUUUCUUUACAAUUUUUCGGUCCUACACAAGAUGGCCGACUGGACCCGCUGAACAUGAUAAUUUUGAGCUGUAAAUGAUUUGGAUAAUAAAUUUCAAACUUGUACUGAGGUCUCGAACUGUAAACAAGAGAUCCCAUUUUAAUUCAUCUGAACAUUUUUUUAAAAAGUAAAAUAUUUGUUUUGUUUUGGUUUUUUUAAUUAAUAGAAUAUCCCAUUCUUAACUGUUGGGUUUUUUACACAUUAAAAAAUAUUUUGCUUAAUUUAAAGACUUUUUGAAAAACAUUUUUAACAGAAUUAGUGGUAUUCUUUUUUUUAUUUCAUGCAGCAUCCGACUUUUAUUUUUUAUAUUUAUAUAUAAUGCUUAUUUUUAGGUUGGAUUUUUAUUUUUAUUUUUUUGCAAAUACAGAAAUGUUUUUCCCUUAAUUUUAACACUUACAUAUACAAAAAAUAUAACGAUCAGAAUUGAGUGUAUUUUAAAUUAAUAGUUUACUUUCAUAAGUUGUAUAAUUUUAUUAGUUUUUUGCUAAUUAUUUACUUAGAAUUUUUUCCCCAAUAGACAAAAGAAUUAAAGGUAUCUUUUAACAUUAUGCAUCGUUUUUAUUUCUACUAAAUUAAUUGAUUUUCUUCAUUUUGAACACUUUUAAAUAUAUAUAAUUUAAAGUGUUAAAAAUUAAGAAAAUAUAUUUUCUUUUCUUUUUUUUCGUAUACAAACAGAAUCACAGAAUUAGAGGUAUUUAUAAUGAAUAAAACAUCGAUUUUACUUAAUAUAAUAAAUGAUUUUAGGGUUAGUUUUUUUGCAAUAAAAUUGUCUUUAUUUUUAAGACUUUUUAAAAUAUAUGUAACAGCAUUAAAGUACAGGAUUUAUUUUUAUUUGUAAUUAAUUAUGCAUUUAAUUAAUAAAAUAUAUAGUUGUGUAUAAAUCAGUCCAUACAGGAGUUUUUUUUUAUUUGUGAUUUGUUGCUGGCAAAAACGCUCGUUUUUGCCGCAGUUUUUCAAAAUUUGCGAAGCAACUCGAGUUUUUUGUGGGGGUUUUUUUUGGUGGAAAAACACUCGGAACUUGCGGAUUUGUAAAGUUUCGCGCGCUCUUUCGCAGUGAUGUUUGUCAGUAAACAAGACCUUUUAGCUGUACUCAUGUUCGACAAGCGUGACUCGAGGAGAGAUUUGGCUGAACGUGCGUUGUGGUGAUGUCCCAUGAUGCGUUUUAGACCAAACCUGCGGUACUUUAUAAAAUUGCAAGCUCCUCCGAAUAUUUAUUUUGUGUUAAUUUCUGCGAUCACAAAAUCAUGAACUCCUGCAGGGACUGUAAUGUAAGCGUCUACCCUCUUUUAGUGUUUACUUUACUUUAUUAUUAGCUGAUUAACCAGCGACUUUCUUAACACUUAAAAGUAAACUUUUACACAGAUACACUUACGCGUUUUUUGGGUGGAGGAGGGGGGGUGUUUACAUUACGUUCACGUUCCUGGUGGUUCUGACAUCAUCAGCUGUGUGGAUCUCUAAUAUAAUUGAUUUAAGAGAACUUUAUUCCAGAGCUGUUCACACUUUCUUCAUAUUACACAUGACAUGAUGUUUCAAAUUAAUUUUAAUCCAGACUGUGACUUAAUUUAAAAAAAUAUAUAUAUAAUAUUAAUGUGCUGUUAUUUAAGUAAAAUUUUUAUUUUAUUCUUUUUUUUUUUUACACUUCUGCCUUUCUCAUGCACAGGGUUGCCAGAUUGGAUCAACUCAUACUGAAUCAUAACUUGAAACAUUGAAAUAUUUGUAAUAUAAAUAAUAGAAUAGAAAUAAUUCUGAGUUCAAGACAUGAUUAAAAUUUUGCGAAUGGGUCAGCGGCUCCCAUCUGGCAACGCUGAUCAUAAAGAUGAGAACUGUUUGUGUUCCCUGUUUUCUGUUCACGUUAACAGUGUCAAAGCAGCGCCAUGAGAACUGAAUGAAAGGUUCAUGCUGAAUAAAAUAAUGAGAAAAUAUA